AUGAGUGAUGAUCAAUCAUUUUAUAUCAUGUUGUUACAGGGAGGUCACGUGGAUACUGCCUCAUAUCGCUUGGCUGCUUUUGACAAGGACUGGACCCUGGAUGUAAAACGAAAUAAGUAUGUUUUAUCGUGCGUUUUAUUUUCAUAUUUCUUGAGACGAACUUGCGAGCAAGAAAGGAGGACUGAUUUAUUAUUGUUUGUAUCUAAUUCGUUCGUUUCUCCACUUUCUCCUUAUUUUAUUUGACUUUCCGAUCAUUUCUCAUUUUAUUGAUUCACUAACUUAUCUAUUUAUUCUGUUGAAGUAGCAGCGCUGUAUCAAUAUAUGUUUAACGUUUGCGGCGACCAAAAAAAAUCUAGAGUCUCAAGUUCUAAGGGGCGUCGCUCCAAAACGCGGUUAACAAGGUGUUAGGGACUAUUUUACAGAUCGAGAUAACAAACCAAAGUUGACUGUUUGAUCUUUAUUCUUGAAAAGCAAUCAACCACGAACCACAAUCAACGAUGAAAAAUCACGAUCAAUUGCACAAUCAAUCAAUCUAUCGAUCGUAAACUGAAACAACAAUGCAACGAAGCUCUAUCAAUAUAAUGAAAUGUCGCGGAACGCAUAAUCAAAGAAUCGCCUGUAAAGAACUGGGCCUAAACGUCGAUAAAGAGAUUAAAAAUGACAAAGAGCAAUGCAAAUAAAACAGUACAAAGUGCAAAAAUUUCUAUACAAAUUACAAGAAUUUUAGGUGGCUGGAUAACAGCCCAUUGUUCUUAUCUAGAUGAUGGGCGUUCACUUGCAUUUGGUACAAUUUUGGCCUUAAAAUCUUAAAUCAAUCGCGAAUACUGCAAUACAACGGAAUAUCUGUUCGUAUAUUAUCGCCCAACACUGAAAGGGUAGACUGGAAAAAACAAAAUUACAAAAGUACUCACAUAUAGGUCCCGCUUGUGCCAAAGGUUGAGAAAACGAGAAAGAGCGAAAGUUUGCCAAGACAACUCAAAACUUAAGAAGAACUGAUUAAGGGGAUGCUAAACUCGUCUUUUAUAUGCGCGUAGUGACGCCGAAAGGUCCGAUUACAAAACGAAUAGAAAUGCAGAAAAAACAGAUAAACAUUGUAACUAUGUGUGUAUCUAAGAUCAUUCUGAAAUGAGUGAACUAAUCAAUAAUCAAUAAUAAAAAUGAGCCUACCGGCUAGUGUCCUUAACAAUAUGUCUAUUCCUUUUUUGCCAGGGAACUUAUUUCUCCAUCUUUUGCAGUUCGUACAUUUGCAAAUGAUGGGUCGGAAAUUAUUCAAGAGGUACAGUAUUCAUGCCCUUUUCUCGUAAAAGACUGCCUGUGGUGGUGGAAAUAGUUUUCAUGAACCAAAACAGCUAUAGGAAGAGUUUUUUCUCCAACAGAGUCGACUGAGGAAAACACUUUAAGGAUUUUGUCGACUGAGAAUGAUCAUCGACUCUGAUGACGACUUCUGCUAAUGUUGUUCAAACGUCAGUCACCAACACAGCUAAUAAUCAAUCCCUAAACUACGCUCUCCCAAACGAUCAGGAUACAGGAUCGAAAUUCUGUAGUGUUAAAGAAAAAAAACCAGACUCCAUAGGGACCUUAAAUUCUACAAAACGUAUUGUGCCUGACAAUAUCAUAUUCAACCAGCAUUUUUCUUUUGUAUUUCUCAGGGUGUAGCUGAUCAUUGUCAUUAUCAGGGCUCCAUCCGGGGUUUAAAGGAUUCUUAUGUUGUCCUUAACACUUGUUCCGGACUGAGGUACCGUUUUUUUCCUUUUUAACUAUAUAACUAUGUAAUAUGUAUUAAUUCCCUUUUUGCCGUAGUUUUUUCGUAAGGAAUAAGCAAUGAGGAAAAGGAAAGAAGAAAAAUAAAAAAGAGCUGUGAAAUUUUUCCCUACAGAAAACAAAGUAGCCCGAGAGAAAAAUUAGAAACCUUCCUUUAUUCGAUUAUCUACUUCCUUCCAACGUGGUAAUAUGCAGUGUACAUGCAGGGCAAUGCAACGAUCCCAUAUUUGCUACAAAAGGAAAUUCAUUUGCCACUCAAUUAUAAAUAUCAUUUGUUCUCAACAGAGGAAUAAUAGAUGAUGGCCGUGAGACAUUUUACAUCAAACCUGAGAUUGGAAAAGAAGUAAGUUAGAAGAAAGAAAAUCAAAAAGCUGAAGCAAAAUUAUGCAGGAAUUAGACCAGCUGUGAGAAACAUCAUGACCCUUUCUCCUCUCCUGUCAAUACUUCCUCCAAACUCGAUGUUUUCGUACACUCUCAGUCUCUAAGUUAACCUUGGUUUAUAUUCCGAUAAAAAUUUUCCUCAAAUUCUUCUUUACGUAGUUUAGAAUUUUCCUUGCCUUUAAUUUCAGGAGCAUGGAAUUCACAGAGUUAGCAAAGCCAAAGAAGACGAAUUUAAAGACAUUGUCGAUAAGUGCGGUAAAGGCGAAACAUUUGCCUUUCAUUUGAGAUACUUUUAUUUCAUUUGUGCCUUCCAUCUGAAAAUUUUGCACCUAUGUUAAAAACUAAUACCUCGUGCUGAACUAUAAUGUCAUGUAUAUAGAGUAGCUACUUACUUUUUGUUCUUAAAAAAACAUCGCAUUCCUGCAGGAAACAAGGAAACACAGGCAGACUCUCGUUCUACGAACGAAAAUUUAGGCCCAUUCUCACGGGUUAGUGUAUAAGUUAAGAUAAACUAAGUUCUUCAUUCAUAUAAACUUCGUUUUAGAGAAAUGAAUAAGUAAUUCAAUAUAUAAAUAAAGAGAAAUACUUACUUUGGUUAAUAAAUAAAUACAGAUGGAUAUAAAUUAACUAAAAAGUAACAAAAAGAUAUUCAAAGAAAUGAACUUUUUUCCUGAGAAACAACUGUACAACUAUAUUAUUGGAUGAUCAAUAUAAUCAACAAAUAAACAAAUUGUAUGACGGUAUUAAUGAACAAGAACCCUAUCAGAGGACACGUUCUUUAUAAAUUGCGGGUUAUCCAUGAAAGUGUAGAUGCACUUCAGUGAAUGAAUGAAUAAGAAGAUCUAGUCUGACCCAAUACAUAAAGAUCUAUAGCAAAUCCUUAAGAUAUUUUCAUCCGAUAAAACCAUCAUCAUUAUCAUCUUUUAUUUGCCUUAUUUGCACAAAUUAUUCGUCUUGAAACUGGGAAGGAUUGACGAAUGAGUGACUGAAACAGGAAGAGAGUUCCAAAUUUUUAGACCAUUGUGAGAGUAAGAGCAUAUCAAUUCAAAAAAAUGAUGAUGAUUUGUGGUAAUCAAAGAUAUUUGUUUACUUCUUUCAUUUAGAUAAGACGAAGCAUAUCGGGUGACAUCGAUGAAUUCUACAAACCAUUUCUGACAACAGAUGAGACACGAUACAAUGAGCUCGCGAUUUGUGUGGAUUUUGAAAUGGUUAUAAUUAUAUAUUACUCUAAACUUUGACCAGCCCCUUUUUCUUGCCAUGUUACUCACACGAUUCGAGAGAAAUUGCUGUACAUUAUCUUUUUUCGCUUAUAUAGUAAGCUGAAUUGUACCCGCCUUUUGAUUGGUUCUUCGUCGUGGUCUAUUGGGGGACAAAAAUAGAAGACGUCACCAUUUAGAUUCGCAAGGAAGAUAAACUGUAAUGUUCAAAGUACUACUUGAUGAUAAUUGUUAGGGAGACUCGAAAGUAUAUUUCUGUCGCAGUCUUUGCUUAGAAAGUAAAGGUGUCCUCCAUACGAAAAACACUUGAAUCCAAAUCCCAGAGUCUAAGAUCUGAAUAAUGGGUCGUGAGAAAUACAAAUACAAACUGAUAAAAAGCCUUUGUUUGUUUAGAUUAGUCUGAUGUGGUUUCGUUUAACAAUACCUCGCCAAUGAUUGGUUUUCAUGAAACAGUAGGAAAGGAAUGUUGUAUUCAGGCGAGAAGAUCUUUAUAAGCUAAAUAUCUCACUGUAAUCAUUAGCGUUAGAGGGCUAACUAUACGCCAGGAUUUAUGAUUUUAGGAAAAUGUUUAAUAUAUUUAGCUUGUAAAGGAGGUAUACUGACUAAAUAAUAGCGAUUCAAGUUUCUUGCGAUUUGCUAGAAUAUCACUACUGAUUUGAAUUUCCUAAGAUUGAUCAUGUCAUCUUAUUUCAACAGUACAACAAUCAUAACAAUGAUACCAAAGCUAUCACAGACCGAGUUAUUACUUUAGUAAAUGCUGUUGAUGCGGUAAGAAAUCUUAAAACGUUUUUUGAUUACUUUUAUUUUGUCCCAUUUAUUUUUCGUUAAAAGUAAACACAACAGUUACAGAUAUCAAAAAGAACUUCGAUUUAAAUCGAUUCUAAACUCCGAAAAUAUAUAUUGCGUUAAAAUAUUUCAUUACAAUAUUUCUCUAUUAUUUUAGUUUUAAAAAUCCAACUCAAAAAGGUUGCCUCUAUCUCGUCCAUGAAUAGUGAAGCACUUUUAAAAAGAGAAAUGUUUAGAUUUAUUAAAAGUAUUUCAUCUAUUAAGGUGACAUCAAACAUUUCACAGCCUUUUUGAAAUCGAUUGGCGGAAGCAUACUUGUAUUAAACAAAUGUUCCAGGGCUUGAUGUAGCAUCCUCUCUCAGCUGCAUCUCUCCAAUGUAAAUAUUUCCAUGAGAAUUGCAUCAUUUCAGGUGCACAGAUUCGAUUCAGAUUUAGAAAAAAAGGUGGCUCUGAAUCUACUUGAUUAAAAUUUUGCAUUUUUAAAUUUUUUUUCUUUAAAAAUGAAUGAUUUUAAGCCACUAUACAUUUCAUGUUAAAGCUUUAGGGCUUUGUUAUAAGUUUGUUGUAUAUAAUUGUUAUAAGCAACCCUAAAUUAUUGUACUUAUUGUCCGUUUUACAGAUUUAUCAGCGAAUAAAUAUCAGGAUAGUCUUAAAGGCGUUGGAAAUCUGGACGAAUGGUGAUCCUUAUAAGCGAGGGAAUGACCGAGACCCAGAGUUAGUUAAUUUCAGGAAUUAUCGCAACGAGAAAUUGGUGAAAAAAAUUCCUCACGACAAUGCACAAUUACUAAGGUAAAUAAUACCUCCUCGUCAAAGCAGUAUUUAGCAAAUUUGUAUCGAAGACUAAAUUUUCGAAAAUCCCCGCGAAAAGAGUCAAAUAUAUUUUCGGGAUAUCAUCAGAAAUACUGCAGUUUUUGGUAUUUUAUUUUGUUCUCAACAGAUGGAAGGAAAUCGGGCUUGAACUAUCUAAAAUUUACCUCUCGCGUACUUACAUAAGUCAAGAAACAGAAUCUUAGCAUCAAAGCGGAGAUGGUUUUAACAAUUUUCUCACUUCGAUAAAAAAAAAACUGGCGUCCCAACAAGGCGUGAACCUCAAAAAGAAUAGGUAAGCUUGAAAAAAGGAGCGAAAAAGGAUUUAUCUAAUGAUCUAAACCUCGAAUUUUUUUUUUUCUUCAGUAACAGAGGUUGGAAGGGAGGAACUGUUGGUUAUGCAUGGGUCAACUCAAUGUGUGGAGGAAAUUCAAAUGGAAUAAAUUACGUAAGUUAUGUAGCCAAGUAAUUGAUAAAUAACGCAGCAGCCAAGUGUCUGCGCAUGUGCGAACGUUGUAACAAUAAAUUUGCGUGCUUUCAGUAGUUUUCAACAGCCUCAGAAGCCAGUGAAUCAAGGUCUUUUAAAAACGUACAACUUUUCCGAUGAAGCUAAAAGAAAUGGCAUAUUAACGGGACAUUCGCAAUCAAAUAGCUUUUGAGUUUCGCUAUUCAGAUUCUUAUGAACGUUUAAAUCGACCUCUCGCGCAUACCCGACGUAUGACUGCUGUCAUCUGACAAACUAAGGUUGCUUCUGCAAGUAAAUAAAAUGUUUCUGAAGUCUGUUCGCGAAAUCAAGGAAGGUAUCCCCACUAAACGACGUUGGUUCGCGCACGAACACGUUGUUCCAUAAUUAUAAAUACCUCUUGGUCGUACAGGAAUUUAAAGCUCAACAGACAUUUAUAUGGUAAAAAGGCCCCAGAAUCAAGAUGUGAUGAGAUUUAAGGCUGAUCAGGAGAGGAAACAAUAAGAGCUUACUGAUUAUACCAAGCAUUGUCUUUUUGUUUGUUUUGCAGUGGUCUUAUAGCAGUAUCAUUGGUCCUUAUGUGACUGUUGCCCAUGAAAUGGGUCAUAACUUUGGAUUCGCUCAUGACACAGGUGAAGAUAAAGUACAAAGUACAAAUUUAAGAUAUUAACGAUCACCUCAAUACUUUGGGGAACCCAGUUUGAUCAUGAGUAGCCGAUUAAGAUGUAAGUAGUGAAGUUGAAAAUGAAAUCUAUGCGUCUUAAAAUGACUAUCAACUAAGAUGUAUGGAAAUAACAUUUUAAUCAAAAAGCGUAUUUUUCCCCACGCCAUGACUCAUUCUAAUGUGGUAUCAUUUGUUAAGGGCACAUCAUGUGAUGUUCCCUUGCAUUUGUUCGAUGAGAUAAGUCUUAGGUAUUGUUGUGGUUUUCUUGUAAACAUUCACAAGAUAUUCCCGCAGAGAUAUUUUGUUCGAACUUGUUCAUCCUCCACAUUUCGUUGUCAUCUUCAUAUUUUUUACUAUUGAUUUUCUCUCCUUUAUUUUGUAUGUUUGCAAUAUUUCGUCUCGAAUUUAGGGACCUGCAAGUGCUUAACUCCGCGAGGCUGUAUCAUGGGAGGUCACAAGUAUGUCAUCUUACAUGGAGAUACAAUUACAUUUCUAGAAUGAUAAUAAUGUAAAGGAUGUCUUAUAAAUUUUCAUGACAAUCUUGUUAUUUUGACUAUAUCAUUCAUUCAAUUUAGGUAGUCAGAGAACUCUUUCAAAAACUGGGUUUUAAGUUUGUGGUAUCGGUCAAAUGAAACAUUAGCAAAAACAGAUAAAGAUGACGCAACUGAGGCCGUCCUCGCGUUUACCUAGUCUCACGUAAACACGAGGAAGGGGUGGGGAUUUGAAAAAGCUAUGGAAACGCAAGACACAGUCUAGGCUUUCGGGAACUAUCUCUUCUCCUCCCCACCCUCCUCAAUGUUAAUAUGAAGCUGUAUAAAAAAGCGAAGAGUGGCUUUAUUUCUCAACUAUCAUUGGUGUUUUUGUAUAUUUGUAGUACGUGCAGAUGAACGUCGCAACCAUGUUUACACACCCUUAUCUGAAUAUACCUAUUGACCAACGAGGGCGCACACGAGCUUGAUUGAUUUAUUAAGUAUAAUUAAAGACACAUUAGAGCUCAAACGACGACCUACCAGUCUUAAAACUUAAAACCUUGGAAUAUUGGUCAUUAGUAGAAAGGAAAUUUACACGUUUUUAAUAUUCUUAUUUCUGCACUCUAAAAGAAACUUUAUCCGAUGACUCGACAAAUUUUCUCGCAGGACCAGACUUCCAGGAUUUUCAAAUUGCAGUUUAACGUCGCUGCAAAGGGUUAACGAUGCUUGCUUGUACAACGUGCCAACUUACAAGGUAACUGCUAUAAAUCGUUUCACAUGCCAAUCAAACAGAUUUGCGCGCAUUAGGAUCACGCACACUGUUCUUCUUCCAUUAUGGAAAGAUUAGCUGAAAAUAAUUUUUCUUGGUUCAGUAUCACCCACAAAAGACAAUCCUGAUGACUCGAGACGCAAAUAUUCCCAUACCAGUUCGCCUUGGAUAUUUUUAAGAUUGCGGAUACUGUUUGCACCACCUAACAACAAAAGCUCGCAAAGGUUUAUGGGAGCGUCACAAAUAAGGUUACUUGGAAACGCCAGAGGGGCAACAAAGUGCCUCCAAAUGACUGUGACAGUUUCUAUCCCAAAUAUCAAGCAUUUAAUGAUUUCUUGUUCUUGUACUUGCACUUUCGAGCCUCUAUGAAGAUUUGUGAUUCAAUACGAACAACACCGGAUAUAAAAUUCAAGUCUCCUACAAAGCGUCGGAGUAAUUACAUUGAAAACAGUCAACCGCCAGUGAUACUGCUCCAUGAAGACCCUCCAGUAACGAUAAGAGUUUAAAUUUGUUACACGUCGCGAUUGUUCCAAUUUUAGGCUGUCAACGGUUACUGUGGAAACGGCAUACGCGAAGAAGGAGAGGAAUGUGACUGUGGUACCCCUGAGGUUCGUAAAUCAACAUUUGAAGCAUAACGUGCUUUUAAAUUGCAUAACUAUACAUAGCAACUAAAUGGUGUUCGGCCAUCGAAGUAGCUGAGGAAGAAGGUACCAUUCCCUUCUUCAAAAUUUACAUUUAAAUAUACUAGUUAUUUGUCUUAAGAAAACUCUUUAACCAUUUUUUCCAGCUUCACGGGGUUGCCGAGGGGAUUUAAUUGCAGUAACGUACGUUUUAUUGUUUAAAUGACUUCUAAGAACUUUUGUUUUAAUGUUCUCAGAUGUGUGAGGCCCGUGAUCCUUGCUGUGAACCCCACAAUUGUGUUCUCAAAGAGGAGUCACAGUGCAGUGACCUACAUCAUUCUUGCUGCAAAAACUGCCUGGUAACAAGCUGAUCAGUAUUUAAUUAUAUCUUGAAGGAGACAGCUAAAACUUCGUCUAAAAAAAUUAGUUGAAUUAUAAACUGGAUUAAAUUUGAAAGGAUUCGGAUUCAACUGAUUAAAGAAACGUAAAAAAAUAUGUCAAAUCCAAUAAGAAAGAUGCUUAUUUUGAUUAACAAAAAUAUUUAAAUAUAAAUUUUAUCUAGAGAUACAAAAGAGAACAGAAAAAAUUAUAAUGUAUGGUGUUUUACUCUUCUUUAGUUUAAGAAACAAGGAAAAUUAUGUCGCGCAGUCCAAUCAGAUUGUGACGUUCCAGAGUACUGCACUGGUGAUUCAAGAGACGUAAGCACAUUUAGAGAUAUGUUAUCGUAAACGUCUUUCAUCAGUCUUUGACGGGGCUAUUAGGCAACACUGUAGUUGUCCGUUCGAUUACUAGAGACAGCUAUCCUUCACAAAAAUAGGCGCUGUAAUCGAAACAAAAUUCGUGUAUAUUGACUUUAGUUAAGUUUCGUUAAUUCCUGCGAUGCUACCAGCUUUAAACAUUUUUGAGCAUGUAAACUAAUGUCUCAGUAAUACAUGUAAAAAAACUCAGUGUAGGAGUUCUUGUUUUUGAUGAGAGCACGUGGAAUUUAGGUUCUGUCCUACCAGAGACCCUGUUAUUAUUAUUAUCUCAUUAUCAUUAGCAUUAUCUAUUUGUUUAACCUAAGAAAUUUAACUGUUGUUUGCCUUUUAAACUGUUAGUGUCCAGAGGAUUCUUACAUCAUCGAUGGAUAUCCUUGUGACCAGACUAAAACAGUACGUUCAACAAACAGUGAAAGAGGAAUAUUAUUUAGACUUUGUCAUGGGCCUCUUCAUUUCACCAAUUUUCCAGAGCUGCCAAUAGAAAGGAGCUCAGUAUUCGCUACAAAAUCUAAAGAGAUUAGUAAAUUUCAUAAUCAUAGUCCGCGGUCUUCCUUCCCAUUUCAUGGUUUCUUCUUGCGUUUGUGUGUUCCUUUUUUAGAGGCUUUUCAGAAGGAAUGCUUGAUUGAGAAAAACCAGUGGUGCGUAACAUUAAAAAAAAAUUAUCUGACUUACAACAAUUGUAACGUAUUUACAUGUGUCCAUGUGGUUGACGGCUAGAAGUCCAUAUGUCGGUUCAUGGUUCAUUUUUGUGUUAUUUUUAGUGCGUUAUCUCUUUCUUUUACAAAGUAACCAUUAUUGUUGUUAUCAUCGAAGGUAAUUCAGGGAAACACCAACUACUACAGUAUUAAGACAAGAGACUUGAACCCAAAAGUCACUGCUCGAUAUCUUCGUAUCAAUCCUCAGUACUGGAAAGGCUGGCCUUGUCUGAGAACUGAUUUCAUGGGAUGUUCUAAAGAUGAAGGUAAGAAAACGCUACAGGCUGAUAUAAAUUUAUAUAUAGCAGACAGUCAAGACAAUUAAAACGAAAGUAAAGCUUCCCGUAGCUCAGAGCGUUCUAAGAGAAAGAGGAAGGAAAUAAAAAAUUCAAAGCUUGUUAAUCAAAUAAAAUCUUUCUCUCGAAGUCAGUGUUUCAUUGUAAUUUUGUUUUGUUUUUCUGAUUUUCUGCUUUUUUUUAGCAAGUCCAACAGAGCCGACACCACUGAGGUCUUAUUACUUAAACCUUUGCCUCACUCCGAGAAGCAAGAAUUGCAAACCAGAUGACAACGAUCUCUUAGAACAUGCAUCAGGUGAUCUUUGCUUAGAAAGUCAUUUUCAAUUUACCCUUGGAGCAGACGGGGUGUUGCGCCACACUUGCAGUGGAAAAAUGAUUUGUCCUGAAAAUGGCGGUACACGUAAUGGCGUGAGGAUUGUUGUCAGUAGUACCUGUACACUUGAAGACUCCAAAUUUGAAAGAACUUCAGGUAAGAAAUAAAGAGGGUCGGCAUGUUUUUCAUACAAAAAACGAGUAGCGAUUGCCCAAAAAGGUUCGUGUAAAAUUUGAUGGACUUAAGCGAGUCUUCAGAAAAGAAAUAUCACAAUCUGUCUAUUUCAAUCGCCCCAUAUUGCAAGAAGGUGUGUCGUUCAACGCAAAGUUUUAGAAAAUUACCAAAACUUAGUUAUAAAUCCCAAUUAGGAAUGUAUGCAAUCGAAUGAUAAGCUUCUUAUUUUACAAGUUAAGAGAGUCUUUUCUAUAUUUUUCAGUUUCUUAGUCUCGUUCGUCCCCUCUUAAGUGUCACUUUAUAUAUAAGGAAAAGUAUUUUGUCUGAGUUCCUUAUCUACUAGUAGGUAAUGAAUUCUAUUCAUUUUCUAUUCAAUAGGGCGAUCUCUUAAGCACGUUAAGUCUGGAAAAUGCCUGCACACUACUGGUGGGUGGCCUGGAGCGGGUAGAUACAUGGUGUUAUAUUUUGGAUGCGACGAGGGAAGGCUCGAACUGUGGUUUGGAAAACAAGGUACAUAUUUUUUAAAUCAAACAUGGUAUGUUAAGGUUGUCUUGUAGGAGAAAUGUUCCACUGAGGGCUACAACGCUAGAGCCCAGAAAAAGGAGGCCUCGUGCGAACAGUGAUCAUUUGGAGUGAGUGAGCAAGACUUUACCUUCUUCAGUGUCACUGUUUCUACCCCCUCUCCCUCCCGGAGUACAAGUGAGUAGACUGACAUCAGGCCCAAAAGCAACUUUUGUAAUUACUCCUUGCUUCAGAAAGCAUGGAAAAUUUCAUAGGAAGUUUUCGUUGACGAGCUCUAGUACCUGUAUCGUAUAAACUAGAGUGCUCCCAUGAUGCCUCACAAUAUGACUUAUUGUCUUCUACUCGAAUCCAUGCCGCACUGAAUGUUGUUUUGUUAGUUUUUGUUGCCGUCUACUUUGCCUCCGAACAAAAACAUCAACUUUUUCCAUUUAUAAAGCGAGCUAUUUGCUCUUGACGAGUGUAUUUCUUUGUUACAUGCCUAGCGUAAAUUAUGAAGUUAAUUUAAUUAUUAUCAAUUAUAUAAUAAGCUCAGUUAUGCACGCAUUCUGAUUGGUUCUCACUUGUGAUCUAUUGGAAGACAGACAUAUAGAUGACGUCAUCAUUAAAACUUUUUUUUAAUUCUUUAUUAUAUAAAACAAAUAGAUUCCAAGUUGCCGUGCGUCUGAUCAGUAAUAGAUCACAGAGGACCUCAAAAUGUGGUAAGAACAUCAGUGACACACUCGGCUUCGCCUUGUGUGCCACUUUUUUGUUCUUACCACAUUUUGACGUCAUCUGUGAUCUAUUACUGAACAGACGUACGGCAACUUGGAAUCUAUUUGUUAAUUAUAUAAUAAGCUCAGUUUUGCACGCAUUCUGAUUGGUUCUCACUUAUGAUCUAUUGGAGGACAAACGUAUAGAUGACGUCAUCAUCAUAACUUUUUAAUUCUUUUUAUAUAAAACAUAAGUGACACACUCGGCUGCACCACGUGUGCCACUCUUUUUGUUCUUACCACAUUUUGACGUCAUCUGUGAUCUAUAAACAGACGCACGGCAACUUGGAAUCUAUUUGUUAAUUAAUAUUUCAUUAUACGAAUCACUUAAUACAAACGUAUGUUUGAAUAAAGGCCUUUGCUAAAGACUAGUGGAACCCAGAGACACGAUAAAUAUCGCGCUAACCUCGUUUUCUCGGUCCCUAAUGUAAGUAAUAAAUUCUCAUUUUUUUCUCUCGGAUUUAUGGCCUGCUCGCUUCAUAGUCAGGUCAUUAAUUCAAGUUCAUAAUGUACAGUGCGGUCCUCGACUUAAGAGGUAUGUACACGAUUAAUGUGUAUGUAUUUAUUCCAUAUCGUAACAUGUUUUAUCGUUCUAGAUUGUGUAGAGCCACUCGGAAUGCAGAACGGAGAGAUCAAAGACAGCCAGAUCACUGCUUCCUCCACCGGAAAGAAUGAACCUGCUUAUAAUGCAAGGCUCAAUUUAGAGGGAAAAAGUUGGUGUGCUGCAGAGAAGAGUAAAAGCGAGUAUUUACAAGUUGAUCUUGGAGAGGUAUACAUAUUUGUUGUAAUAAACGAAGUUGUUGUGUUUUCCACUUAAAACACAUAAUAAUAAUGGUGGCCAUUUAUACAAUACUACUGGAUCUGAAACUGUUGCCUUAGUUUUCUGAAAUUAGGUUCAUUUUCUUUAGCUGAGGUUGAAGUGUAUAAAUGUUAAUAUCUGCUUUGGAAUUCAUAAAUUCCUUUUUCCGCUCUCAGGAAUUGUUGGUCAAAACGUACAGUCUCACCACUGGCUACAUUGGGACACUGAUCCAGUCAAUCUAAAAAAAAAUGGUUUUUGGUGUAAUGCCAAGCAUUAUUGGCGAUGAGAUAUAGCCAAUAUAUCAUUCUAACCAGCGUGCCGCUAAUUUCUCUAAGCAUCAGAAAUACGGUAGUGCUACUCUUUUACGACUUAUAAAUGUUGCCCAACGUUAAUGACAUCUGGUCGGUAACAAAUUUUAGUUUCAGCACAACUUACUUUCCCGGCUUCAUUGAGAAACUGACCGGGUUCAACAACAAGCAUUAUGUAUGAUAAAAUACAGUCAAUCUUAUAUUCUGGUUUGCUAGCUGUAAAAAUUUUCCCAAGCGUACCAGCCACUUUAGUACGCAACAGUGUUAACCUUCAACGAUUUCAUCUUCUCUUGCCUAACAAAAAUUUCGCCCAAAAUUAGAGACAUGAUUAUGGCUGCACUUAUGUACAUUAUUUUUGGGUAUUCUCAUAAUUUUUUAGAUCAAAACUGUCAGCAAAGUCCUCAUACAGGGAAAAGGGACCUGGUGGCACUGGGUGACUGGCUUCUUCUUACACUACAGUGAUGAUGGUCAGCGGUGGGCAAGUUAUUCUGAGAGUGGGGACAAACAGCACUCUAAUGUAUGUCAUAUGUUCAUUAGGAAAUCAUUGUUAUUUGUCAUCUUUUUCUUUAAAAAAGAAAAAAAUGUCUAUUUCUUUCUUAACUCAGUCCCACUGUUAUCUUGGCAAGUGCAGCGAAAUUCUUGAAACUCAGUGCAAGGACUUAUGGGGAGCUAGUAAGUACCUGUGACUAUGUUGAGCUACACUUAUCAGCUUUAUCGAUUGCAAUGUAGUAAAUAAAAAAGUAAUCCUCAUUCCAUCUAAUCUAAUGGUUUAUGAAUAUGACGAAAUUCUCCAGGUCCUUCAAUGCGCAAAUGGUUACCAUCUGGUACAAUAGCAGAUACAAGUUCUAUAGAAUAUUACGUCUUUAGUCAGUCAAAACCUACGGGAGAAAAAAGACAUUAGCCCUGAGUGCUCAGCAGGGGACUUAUAUUAACCAACCCAUUCACUAGGUCACACUUCAUCAAUGCUUUUAUAAUUCGUAGAAAUAUAGAUUAACCGUGGUAUUGCAGCCUCUAACCUUCCGUUUUGUGUCUUGGAUAUCUAGAGCUUCUCCGUUAUAUAUCAUUUCCUUUUUGUAUCAUUACUUUCUUUAACUUCAGCCGCCCAAAGCGCUGAUCAAGGAUGCUACGAAAAACUGAACACUGAGGCCGCUGGAUACGGUACAUGUGAUCCAGCAACCAAUUCAUCAUGCGCUGCAAGGUACACCGUGCACUUUAUAGUUAGGCAUUUGCGAGAGGAGCACCAAAAAAAAUUUACGGAGAAGAAAGUCCUGGGAACUUUAAAAUCAAGCUCCGCACAUCCCCUGGAAAAAGUAAACAAUUAUUUAAUUCUUCUUUACGGGAAAGUCUCACUGCAGCACUAUAUUUUGAAUAGAGGAUAGUACAUGGGCGUGCUUAGAUGUGGUGUUUUCUUUGGGUGUUUAACUCGAUAUCUUACGAGUGAGCGCAGCGAACGAGUGGGAUAUUGAGUUGAACACGAGAAGAAGAAUUACUUAUCUAUAAGCAAACAAUAUAUUAUCCUAUUAUAUGAACAUAAUUGGCCUUUAUUGACAAGGAAAAUCAACUUUAUGAAUUAACGAAAACAAAAAUAAGGUCAACAAUUCAUGAAAAGAAUUCCUAAAGCGCGCGAACGACAAGGCUCAAGAUGAAAAAUGCGUUUAAUCAGUACAAAAACAAACAAUGUGCAUAACUUCUAAUUUACAAAAUUCUCGGUUACCGUCUUUUUCCUAACCAAUAGAAGAAAACUACUCAAUUUAACGGCCAAAAUCGGCCUGUGCAAAAUCUCCCAGCUGCAAAUUUUCUUCCUCAGCUAGGUGAAAUGUCAAGUAAACGCAGAAUAUCAAACUGAACCAUCAAUGUUCAGACAUAACUGGCUAAAUUGAAAUUUUUGAUGAACGAAUUUCUUUCAGUGACGUCUGUUGCGGCCAACUACAGUGUGAGGACAGCAAAACCAAACCAGUUGUUGACUAUGGAAGGUCAUAUACCAAAAUACGUUUGGAUGACGGGAAUGAAUGCAGGUCUUUAUUGUUUUCUGUGUUUCUCUUAUUCCCUCCUCCUUUUUGUUUCCACAAUAGCUCUAAGCUUUAUAAAACAGUGAGAUAUAAUGAUUUUUCUGGUUUGAGUCUUACCAGACUUCAAGAAGCUUUUAAUUGUCUUCCGCUCAAUCAACUCGCCCAAAUCCUAAGUAAGAUAAAUUGCAAAAACCGAAAAUUUGCCUGCAGCAAUUUUGUUGUAACUGUGUACGAACGUAAGUAGCCAAACGUAGUUUUACUUCUUCCAGUGCUGCAGUCUUGAAGUUAGAUGACGAAAUCGGUCAAGGAAUGGUUAGGGAAGGAACAAAAUGUGGAAUCAAUAAGGUACAGUACAAUCGUUAAUUAAGAACUAUAUGUGACAAUUUUUUUUACUGGUAAAAUACCCCUCCUGAUUCCCAAGUUCUUCGGUGACGAGAUGCUAAUCUCUGAAAUUAUUUUUUGGUCAACCUCCCCAUGUUAGUAUGUGUGUCAAUCGAUAUAGAUACCAUGUCUGUGCAUUUUCGUUAUAACCUUGUCAAUAACGGGUUGGUUCAUCAAAUUUCACAUGUAUUUAAGAUGUGCAUCGAUUACAAGUGCCAGUCAUUUGAUGAUCUCGGUAUCAGUGUCCGCUGUCCGUCGGUCAACAACGAGGAGUGCGCAGGAAGAGGGGUUAGUAAUUAAUAUACGAGAAUUUAUAAUAAAUGUGACAAUUCACAAUACUACAGUAUUUAGAAGCUUUGUUAGGAAAAUAUCCGUCGAAAGAAUUUAAGUCUUAGGUGGCAAACAGAAGGAGGUUAAUUCGCAUGGAGCAAUCCCCUUUUCUCAUUCGAAUGUGAUUUUUUUCAGAUCUGUACUAACAAAAAGGAAUGCCAUUGUGAGGGAGGAUUUGAUCACAGAGACAGUUGUAACUCAGGUGAGAGUGAAAUGUUCCUCUUGAUUCUCUGGCUAUAUCUGGUUACAAUACCUUGAUUAUUAUGAUUGUUGCGACUCAUACUCACUGAAGAACUGUUUGUGCAGAACUUAUACCUCGUGAUGGAGCCUGGGGUGACUGGUCCUCAUGGACUGAGUGUGAUAAGGGCUGUGAUGGUGGAAAGAGAAGAAGACAUCGGUUCUGCAACAAUCCCUUUCCCCUACAUGGAGGAGCUGACUGCCCAGGAGAACGACACGAAAAGGAGGGCUGCAACACAGAAAGUUGUCCUGGUGAGGGCAAAAUGUUUAGUUUACUUUCCUCUUGAACCUCAAAAUAAUUUGAAGCUUUGCGCUCUGUAAAUCAAUACCCCUUCAGCAUGAAAUAAGCCAUUUGAGUGGAAAAUGGCCAAAAGUACCAGAUAGCAAGUACCAUCUGAUCCACAGUGUUUUAAAUGACGGAAAUGGCCUCACUGUCCCUGGCUUAUGGUACGUCGUAGCAAUCAUUCACAUACAUAAACUAAAUGUUGUACUGUGACGUCAAUACCACUGUUUUUAUUUUUAUCUUUUUUCAGUGGUAAUUUCAUGCCAUCACUUACAGCAAGUUGGGAAAGAACAGAAUCAUGACUAUCCUGAUGGUGUCUACAAGAUUUACCCCACAGGCCCUCAGCCAAUCAUGGCAUACUGUGAUAUGUCACGUGAUGGUGGGGGAUGGACACUUUUGGUCACUAGUCACACCAACGGCUGGACGGCAGAAAAUGUGAGGUUAAAAAACUCGAACUCUCCAAAGCUUACUAAUGAUUAUUCCAUCCUGCAGUAUGCAGAUAGUAUUAAGGAUAACAUCAACGUGGCUGGAUCCAAGUUUGAGUAUCGACUAGAGGCGCAAAGUCCAGGUAAUGUAAAGAUGGCUGUUCAUAUUCGAGUACUGAAGGCAGCUCUUAAGUUUGUAUCGUCCUUUGAUGUGGUCACUAAUAACACUUUCCAAAAAUAUUAUUUAUCACAUGCAAUUAAACUUAUGGGAUUUUAAAAUGACUUUUCAAAAUUUUGAAUGAUUAAAAGUGGGGUAUUCCAACGGGCCGAACGCUAGCCUCGAGACAUUCGGGUUAAUGAAACAUCUUCAACAUAGAUGAAAUCAGAAAAAAGUUACCAACAGCGACCAGGACUUGGCAUAGUGAAAACAGACUGUUAUGUUUUCAGGGACUUAAUUGUUUGAAGUGAUAUUUUGUAGACCGUUGGGGAGGUGUAUGGAAGGCUCCAAGAGGUUACACUUUCACCGCUGAGGACAACAAACAAACAAGAGUUGAGCUUCUCAAGAAAUUUGAUAAUUGGAAAUAUGCAAACAGUGGUAUUGAACGAAGAAUACCAUGGAUUUCCGGAGCAAGGUUAACAACCUCAGAAGAUGCUUUUUACAAAUGGGAAGGAACAAUAACAGGUACAAGUCACGAAACCGACUCUUAUAGUAAAUAUAUUUUUCAUCUUUAGAGUCUUUUGCGCACAUGCCAAGAUCUCCAAGCAUCACUUUUUUAGAUUUAGUGAAGCAAUUUCUGAGUUUAUCGAGGUGGGGUUUUUGCUAAAGUUUAUCGAACUAUGUUAAGGGAGCGAAUUGACAGGUGCAAAAAAAAAAAAAAAGAAAAAAAGACCAUCGCAAAAAGUGACCCAAAAAUCUUUUAAAUCUUUCACCAAUUGAAAAUGAAUAGGGUAUAAUUGCCAGUGUAUACGUGUCAUGUUUCAGGUGAUGAUAAAGGUUAUCAUCCCGCUCCUUGGAUCAAAGGUCACCUAAUGGAGCAUCAGCCAUCAUAUAUCUGGUACUGGAUGAGAGAAGGACCUUACAAAGUCCCUAGUUCUUGCAAAGAAGUAUACUUCAGGGGGCUUUUGUCAAAGUCAGUGUCAGGUUGGUCAAUUUGCUUGCCCUGGAAUUGGCGAACAUUUAAAGUAACUCAAAACCCUUAAAGAGCACUUAGCCCUUACAAUUUUUUUCGCAUAUUUUUUAAAGGAAGUUGCGGUUUCAAACAAGACUUAUGACUUCUGUGAAAAAGACAACAUCUGAAAAGUGACGAGAUUCAUUCACCACUUUUGUGGUGCUUUCUCUUACAAAGUUACAAUUUUUGUUUUAGAAUUUCGUGUUUUGCGUCGCUGGGAUGACCUAGUCAUGAUACUCCCUUAUCUCCUAACCUAAAUCACCAACUGGUUUAAAGUAUGGUUAUUCUUUGGAAAACUAUAUUUAGGUUCAAGCGGCUCAUUAAAGUCACUGCCAGUGGAACUCACUCUAUAAGUAUCAAUUAUUACUGGUCUAGACAAUUUCGUUACCUCUAUGCUUGAGGCUUCGAGUUUCCCAAGUGAAUACCUUUUUUAAAAGCCUAACAAAAUUAAAAAUGAAAUGUCAGCCGCCGGUAACCUGCUACAAUUUUUUCCUUUUCUGAUACCGAGCUGAAUUGAGAGGUGCUGGAGCAGUUCAUAACUGGGUGGCAAUAGUAAUCCAGGAUGCUGUGGUCUUGCUCUACUUCGCUGAGUGGUUGGUCCACAAAACUCGCUUUACUUUCUCUACUAAUCUAAAGCUCUUCCUCGAUCUAUUUUGUCUUUGACUGAUAUUUUGUUUUUAAUUUUCCAGAUGGCGUAUUCUCAAUCAAACCUCCUGGACAGCAUGAAGUCAAAACGCUCUGUGAUUUCACAAGCGAAGGAGGACCCUGGACACUACUUGUGACAAGUAAGAACCACCGGGGGUGGGACGAAGACAACAUCAAAGAAAGAAACUCAGACAAACCUUCCUUACAAGACGACUAUUCCAUACUGGGGCUUGCAGACGCCAUAAAGGACGCUGACAAAGCUCAGCUAGAUCAAUGA